AAAAGAGCGGGAAUAUAAAACAGCGAGAAUCGUAUACAGCUGAUUGGCUUCACAGUUUUCAGUUGUCUCGUUCCGUAUCCAGUACCUACCUGAAUUCAUGUUUUAAACAGCUAAAUACAUCUUACUUUGACACACCUUAGCGUGUAGAUACCAUAUUAUAAUAUUUCAUGUUAGGAACUUAAUAUCGGUUACAGUGUUAAAAAUUUUAGAGAUAGACGCAUAGUGUGAUCGACAUUCAACUGUUCCAACAAUGAGUAUACCGGUAUUUAAACCUGUGACUCACGUAAUUUUUAAUUUGGACGGAACUCUUAUAGAUACGGAACGCAUUCAUAGAAAAACGUUUACAAGAAUUGCCAAUAAUUGUGGUAAAGUAUUUCCUGAUGAUUUGCGUUUACAAAUCCUCGGAUUACAAGAAAUGGACGUCGCUAAUUUGAUUAUCGACACAUUGCAACUGAAUUUAACAUCCAAAGAAUUAUUACAAAAGGCUCGUAUCGAGGAAGAAAAAGAACUAAAAAACAUAAGACUUAAGUUUGGAGUAGAAGAUCUUUUGGUGCAUUUACAUCAAAACAAGGUACCUAUGGCGGUGAUAACGAGUAGUUCGGAGGAGUGUUUCCACAUGAAAACGGAUCAUUUGAAGGACAUAUUCUCUGUAUUCCAUCAUGUGGUCACCGGUUCUUCUGACCCGGAAGUAAAAAACGGUAAACCAGCACCAGACAUCUUCAAAAUAUGUGCUUCUAGGUUUGAAGAGAACCCCGCGUACAGCAAGGCAAACGAGCAAGCAAGUGUUGACUGCUCUGGAGCUGGUAGUCUGGUCGAUGCUGAGCUGCUGGGCUGAUCUGCCGUGUUUCACAUGGAAGGCUUGAAACGACGCUGAACACAAAGGAACUCGAACCGGUAUCGGGCAAAGUAGAUGAAUAUUCUAUAAUGGUUGCACUAAUGCGAUUCAAACGGAUGCAAAUCGGUUGUUAAUACAUGAUGCAAUACUAUGUUCACGAAUUCUGUAAGCAAUACACGUGGGUUACGGAUUACAUCACUGUACAGUAAGAGCAUUAUACAACUCGACGAGUAGAGACAACCAGACGACGACAGUCGCAAAAACAUAAUAAAAAUGGCGACGCCGCUAUGGAGCAUCGGUGGCCGAAUAGCAACGGUCUUCCGGGCGGCCAAUGUUAGUCUGGCCAACUACAGACAGUGCAGCCAACUUCAAAAAGCUUUUGUAGAGCGUGAUGGAGACCUAUUCAAAGGUGCAUUGAACACUUACUACUAAAAUUACAAAUUUUCAACUCGUCAUAAAAUAAUUUGGCUGGUUGUACAGAAAACACAGUUUUUCGUUUUGAGUUGUUGCUGAGCAUCUGUCUGUUGAUCUUCUACUAAGAGUCUUUUGCACAAUAUUUUGAAUAAGUUAACGAUUUUUGAACUGGAUUUCCUUCCGUUUAUUGGUUUUUAAACAAGCUGAGCAUAUAUUCUUCGUACAUGUCCGUCGUUUAAUGACAUAGCAAAGUUUUUUUGAAAUCCGAACUUAAACCGAUCCCAAAUUAAAAUUGUUUUGCCUAUUUCGCCAAUAAAGUUCAUUUUUAUAAAAUUAUGUACGUAUAAUCAAUAAACAUAUUAUUUAUGGCAAAUGUUGCGCAAACGAAACUUACUAUGUUUAACUGGCGAUGAUGGACUAAUUUUAACUGAUAAUCAGUGAUCGAAAUUUUUAGUCUUUUUACAUUCGACAAAUUAAUCUGUUUGGAAAAUACUGAAUAGUGUAUAUAUAAAAAAUAAUUUUUUCAUCAUUACGGAAAUCAAUAUAAUAAUCGAUAGAAAUUACACGUACCUACUAAUACUAAAAAUAAUAAAUAUCUAUGUAUUAAUAAUAGUCUAGGUAUGUUGUUUGUGGUAAUUCGAGUUAACCGUUUGGGCAAAAACAUCAAGAAGAAAUUUGAGCGAAAAAAGAUCACCUACCUAAAUCUGAGAGGCAAUUUGAGUGUCACCCAAAAAUACGCGGACAGCACAAAAAAUAAUGUGGACAAAAACAUCCCGGGCAGGUGCAUUUCAUUAUACCAUAAGUUAUUGCAUUGAAUUUAGUUUCCUAUUCGUAGAUAUUGUUUUUUUUAUUUUUUAGAAUUAUUUGAUUGAAAAAUAUAAACCGUGUGGUGUACCUAUUUUCAUUAAUGAAAUUAACAUUUGGUGUAGUAGAGGUACGAAUCGGUAUUAUAUAAUCGGUUCUUCUGAUGGGUUCGAUUUUCUACUUUCAUACAACGAUUUACUUAAUAUAUUUAAUUGUGCAGGUACCUAACAAGAAAAUAAACUAUUGUUAAUUUGAUGUAUUUUGUAGUUAUUACAAUAUUUUUCCGUUGUUGUCACGGCAGCCGCAAUUGGUAUUAUUAAUGUUCAUGAUAAAUACUACAACGACCUCUGUCGAUAACUAGAAAAAAUUGUACUCGCCAAAUCAUCCUAUAGGUGUCGCUGCUUAUAUGUUAACAUUCCGCUAUAUCCUAAAAUCAAUGGUAUUAUUCACUAUAAAAAAAAAAUAUACUGCUUCUAAUUCUGUUAAUAUGAAUUAAAAAUCUUCUUUGUUUUCGAUGUAGGAGAAUACAUCAAACAAUACUAACCUAACAUUUUCAUCCUGUGGACGACCUUCUUUUUAAAGCAGUAUGAUUGUAUUUGGUAUGUAGCCUCAGCAUCUACUAAAUCGUAUUCAAAAUCAACUCUUUCCCUCACAAUUUUAUCGAGUUUGUCAACACUAAACCGAGCUUUUUUAAUAAAAUUAUCUUUAAUAGAAAGCAUAUUAACCUGGAAAAUUUUCUCUGAUUCUUUUUCAGAUUUCUUCACACUUAUUGAGAAAUAAGCUGUGCUUGUGUUUGAAAAUCAAAUACACUUGUCCGUUUUUCAAAAAGGUGGACAUUAAUUAACUAAGAAAUUAUUUUCUUGAAAACGUUUGAAUGUAACUAGUUCAACUAGCUUUUCUCAGCUAAUUUAACAAUACUUUAUCAAGUUAAACAAUUUUUGAAAUUAUUGUUUUUAUGGUUCUAUACGAAAAUUUUUAUAUUAAAAUAAUAAUAAUCCAAUACUAUUAUAAUAUAACAUAAUAUACUACUUUACAAAUGAUUCUGUAAUUUUUCUUGAUAUAAUAAUUUUUUUAUAGGUGUAUAUUAAGAGAUUAGAUGAGCAUAAUAUUAU